AUGUCCCAAGAUUUGUCCCAUGUUCCAGAAUCCAUCAGAAUGGUCUUGAUUGGCCCACCAGGUGCUGGUAAGGGUACCCAGGCUCCUAACUUGACCGAAAGAUUCUGUGCUUGUCAUUUGGCUACCGGUGACAUGUUAAGAUCUCAAGUCGCCAAGCAAACUCCAUUGGGUAUUGAAGCCAAGAAGAUUAUGGACGAUGGUAAGUUGGUCUCUGACGAAAUCAUGAUUAACAUGAUUAAGGAUGAGUUGACUAACAACCAAGACUGUAAGAAGGGUUUCAUCUUGGACGGGUUCCCAAGAACCAUCCCACAAGCUGAGAAAUUGGAUGAAAUGUUGGCUCAACAAGGUAGACCAUUGGAAAAAGCCGUUGAAUUGAAGAUCGAUGAUGAAUUGUUGGUUAGCAGAAUUACUGGUAGAUUGGUUCAUCCAGCUUCUGGUAGAUCUUACCACAAGGUCUUCAACCCUCCAAAGACUGAAAUGAAGGACGAUAUCACCGGUGAAGAUUUGGUCCAAAGAUCUGAUGACAACGUCGAAGCAUUGAAGAAGAGAUUGACUUCUUACCACAAGCAAACCGAACCAAUUGUCGAUUUCUACAAGAAAACUGGUAUCUGGGCUGGUGUCGACGCUUCCCAACCUCCAAAGACCGUCUGGUCUGAUAUCUUGAAGUGUUUGGGUAAGAACUAA